GAAAGCCGUUUUUAAUAACUCUGGACUAGUCUUUACGCGCUAGAACGCAGAAAAGCCAUCUGCUAGGCUAGCUUUAACUAAUGGACUGAUUUGUGACAUAAAUAAUAAAACUGAAACGCUUUGGCGACGUGUUUUUUUUUUUUUUUUUUUUUUUUUUUUAAAUCCUGAUCAAAAUAAAUUGUAAACCACCGUUAAUUGAACAUUUUUUGUGCUUUCUUGUCGGAUGCUUGUGCAGUUCAUUUUUUUGACGUGCGACUCUGAUUGAAUUUAAGAAAUCGGUUGCUGCUGUUUAACCUCGACGAUCAAUCGCUAGUCCAUCGGGGGCAGAUCAUGGAUCUUCGUCCGGAGCUUUCUGGCGCUCAGGCGGGCACACAGGUUCACGCCGCAGCCGCUGCAGCCGCCUCCAUCCCCGUGUCCAUGGCCAGCAGUCUGCUGAGAGGCCCGCCGCUGCUGCUGCGCCCUACAGAGAAAUACCCUCGCACGCCCAAGUGCGCCCGCUGCCGUAAUCACGGCGUUGUGUCGGCGCUUAAAGGACACAAGCGCUACUGUCGCUGGAAGGACUGCAUGUGCGCAAAGUGCACCCUGAUCGCCGAGAGGCAGCGAGUGAUGGCCGCGCAAGUGGCGCUCCGCAGACAGCAGGCGCAGGAAGAAAACGAAGCGCGAGAGCUUCAGCUCCUUUACGGCACAGCAGAGGGACUCGCGCUGGCCGCAGCCAACGGCAUCAUCCCGCCCCGGCAGAACUACGAAGUGUUUAGCCAAGUGAGCACCGACAGCAGCUCUGAAUCUAACAUACAAAAGUUUGAAUUAUUCCCUAAGACUCCACUGUCAGGAUCUGUGACCCCACAGCCUACAGCUGGAAAGUCUGUAUCUGCUGACACUGAAUCAGUGCCUGGGAUCUCAUCCCCAGAUGUACACCAUGGCUCUGGGUCCGAAAACGGCGACGGAGAGUCAUACAUCAGCUCUCCAGCUCCAAAACCCAUGAAAGACGGCGAGGAGACACCACCGUCGAUAAGUCCACUUGGCUCAGACUCAGACACAGACAAAGAUGAACAAGAGCCAUCGCCCUCCUCUGCUUCGUCUCGCCACAUGAAUGCUAUUGACAUCCUGACCAGAGUGUUCCCCACGCACAAACGCAGUGUCCUGGAGCUCGUUCUCCAGGGAUGUGGGAAAGAUGUUGUCCAGGCCAUCGAGCAAAUCCUCAACAACAGUGGACAAGCCAAACCUCCAGAGGAAACCUGGUCAGCAGAGAGGGUGCUCCAGAGCGUCCAGCAACCUUUGUCCUCUGCUCCAAGGCCCGUGUUACCUGGAACCAUGACACUCAGCAACCGGUCAGCCUUCUCUCCACUGCAACCCAAUGGUCCUCACUUCAGCACGGACCCCAGCGCGUACCCUCUUGGCACACCCCUGGGCCUGAACCCACUUCGCUUGGCCUACUCGGCACAUGGCCGAGGGCUCACCUUCAUGACCCCUUACUCCACAACAGGCCUGAUGCCCACUCUGGGAUUUAGGCCACCAAUGGACUAUGCUUUCAGUGACCUGAUCAGAGACAGGACUCUCCUACAUAAGGAGCAGAGCUACACAAAUGGACUUUAUGGUCCCCUGGUUAACAACACUCCAGAAAAACAGUGAGUGGGUAUUUCACUGAGGAAAAAACAGGACUGAACAAAAAGGUGAAAAGGCUAAAUGUAGCCCAUUCUCGAGAGAAGUGUUCUGUGUCUAAAAAGAAAUAGACUUAAACCCCUUAUAUACUUAUUCUAAUGACAUUCUCUGUACAUAAAGAUUUCUGAUUUACUCACCUGACAGAAUUAUUCAACUAGCAUAAAGUGACACAUAUCUAGUGUUGGGGUUUUUGUUGACGUUUGUGCUGAUAAUGGUUACCAAAAAGCUCUAAUUUAAACAGACCUCGCUUGCGGGUCCUGGAACAAACUAAUCACAUGAAGUUAAAUUGAAAGAGUAACCAGUAUUUUCAUGUAAAUUGCGUAUUUUGAAUUCUUUACAUAUCUAUCACAUCUCUAUCAAUUAUAUUAGAUUGUUUACUGAACGGAUCAAGUCUCCGUGCGAUAAUGGUGCAAUUAAAAAAAAAUGUUCUCCGUCAUUUAAAAAGAGAGACUAUACUAAUAUACGGUCUUCAAACGUCAUGCUUUUAGCUGACACUCUGUAAAAUUGUGCCAUGUUAAAUUAAGAGACAUGAACAGUUCUGUUAAGAUUAUUGUUAAAGAUCUUGACUAAAGUAGAUUCUCUGACUCUUUUUGUGCUAUGAUGAUAUGUUGUUUGUUCCCACAAAAAAUGUUACAUUCCGAAAUAAUAUCAUAUCAACUUCAACGUCAUUUGCGCAGAAAAUCGUGAAAAAAACAUGUUCGUGGUGAAUGAAAUCUUGCUUCACUGUUACUGCUGUACAUUUAUCUAUGUGAAUUUUGAUAGAAAUAAAUGUUAUUUUAUACUUAGA